GCGCCUUGUUUGCCGUUUUCCUAUACCGUAAUGUCAAAUACUGCCUUAAAUGCUAUUUCAAUCACUGUUGGCAUAUUUUUUGUUUUCUUUGGUAGCCUAAAAUUAGCUCCAAUAUUUUCUGAGGAACUUUACCGUGAUAUGCGCAAAAUUUUCAUCAAAUCUAAUCAAGCCUUUCCUUUUCAAUCACUCUUACCUGAUGUCCCUGGUCCCCAUGCUGUAAGGAGGGCCUAUGGAAGUAUUGAAGUUAUCUGUGGAACUAUUUUGGCAAUGUGUCCUGGUGUUAUGCGAGAUGUUAGUAAUUGUGUAUUAAUCAUGUUGAUGUUGUUCAACCUGUAUGAAGUUUGGAUCCUUGAUCAGGGCUUCAAAGAAGCAUCACAUUCUCUUGUUUUCGGUUUACUGUUGACCUGCAGAGUCGUUAUCAGAAUACAGGUGCGCUAUUUCCAUUUUGAAUCUAUACAUGCUGAUUCCGGUUCCGCAUGUCCUAUUAUUGUCUGGUCACGUGAUAAUGAGAUUUGUGAAUCAAGCGAAGUGGAUAACAUGGAUGAAACUGCUCUUAAAAUGCGUGUGGCUGAUUUGCAGCGAAAUUUAAAGGAGGCUAAACGGCUUGCUGCUAUGCAGACCUCGUUUAAUGCUUACGAUAUUUCUCUUCCUAGAGAGGCAGUCAUACUCUCCAAAAGCUUUCUUAAUCAACUCUAUCCGUCGCCAAAUCUCUUGGUGCCCGUCUCGCCUCAGCGAUUAAUUGGAACCAUUUACGGAUUUUUGGUUAUUUCACUAAAUAGGCAUGCGUAUUUUGCAAAUCAUUUUAUCGCAUGCAAAAUCAAAACUUAA